AUGUUGGGCGGGUCUUCGUCGUCCGGAGCCUCGCGCCUCUGGUGGCGUCAGCCAGGCCCCGCCCUGUCCCGCCUCCGGCGGUGGCCGAACCAAUCGUACGUGGCCCCGAUAACUGGGCGUUGCUGUUCCUGUCCAAUCGUCACUGUGGGCGAGGCCACCUAUGGAGGAGGAGCGCCCCCGGGUGGCAUUGGGGCCACGAGGGUGGUGCCCAGUGACAGUGCUCUGGUUUGCAGACUCGGCUCCCGGCGGGCCCUGCGGCGGUCCCGGCAUGCACCACGGCGGUCCCGGCAUGCACCGCGACCCGGAAGUGGCUUGCCGAGCUGCCAGACGCAGGAGCGAGAGCGGCGGCGGUGCUGUCUGAACCUCAUUGUUCGGUGGCACCUGGAGGCGACGAGGCGGAGACGACAUGGAAGUUUGCUGAAGAAUGCGAACGCUGCGCUGUUGAGCAACUACGAGGUGUUCCAGUUAUUAACGGAUCUUAAGGAGCAGCGAAAAGAAGGUGGGAAGAACAAGCACAAUUCUGGGCAGCAGAAUCUGAACACGAUCACCUAUGAAACAUUGAAAUACAUAUCAAAAACACCCUGCAGGCUUCAGAGCCCCGAGAUCAUCAGAGAGUUCCUCACAGCAAUGAAGAGCCACAAGCUGACCAAAGCUGAAAAACUCCAGCUGCUGAAUCACAGGCCGAUGACUGCUGUUGAGAUCCAGCUGAUCGUGGAGGAGAGCGAGGAGCGGCUCUCAGAGGAGCAGAUUGAGGCCCUGCUCCACACCGUCACCAGCAUCCUGCCCGCUGAGCCCGAGGCCGAGGAGCAGAGAGGCACCGAAGACGCGCCCAUGGACGACGAGGACCUGGCAUAG